AUGGAUAUAUUCAAACAACUCCAAGUUAAUAUUCCAUUUCCCGAAGCAUUAGAACAAAUGACAAAAUAUGCAAAAUUCAUGAAGGAUAUUCUCACCAAGAAAAAGAGGUAUUCGGACGAGGAGACUAUUCUACUUGAUGCUCGUUGUAGUGCCAUAAUUCAAAAUACAUUACCAAAGAAAGAAGCCGAUCCAGGACGUGUCACUUUGCUAGUUACAAUUGGAGGUCAUUACAUAGGUAACAGUUUGAUUGAUUUGGGCUCAAGCAUUAAUUUAAUUUCGUUGUCUAUCAUCAAGAGAUUGGGAAAUAUUGAGAUGAAGCCCACCCGAAUGACGUUACAACUACCUGAUAAAUCGCUUACUUCACCUUAUGGAGUUGCUCAAGAUAUGCUAGUUAAGGUGGAAAAUUUUUUAUUCCCGGUUGAUUUUGUGGUAGUAGACAUGGAAGAGGAUCGUGAUUUUUGUAGUGUUUUUGGAAAAGGUUUGAAGAUCAUAGGAAAUGAAGAGAAAUUACAUGAAGACUUGGAUUAG